UCGUUAAUUUCGAUUUGGUGGCAGAUUAGUUUGGUUUAGGAAAAUGGAAGAAAAAUACAAGACCCUAGAAAUUGUGGAGAAAACACCAAAAUCGGGUGUGUUUUAUCUUAACCUGAAUCGUCCUGCACAGCGCAACGCUUUGACGAAUGAUUUCUUCAGCGAGUUCCCGAAAGCCCUGCAUGCACUUGACCACAAUCCCGAUGUCAACGUUAUCGUCUUGUCUGGUGCGGGCAUCCACUUCUGCUCCGGUAUCGACCUUUCCCUUUUAAAAUCUACCGGCGGCGGCAAUUCUGGUUCUGGGGAGAGUCUCCGUCGACAGAUCCUGGCUAUGCAAGAUUCGAUUACGGCACUCGAACGAUGCCGGAAACCUGUGAUUGCAAGUAUACACGGAGCCUGCAUCGGUGGUGGAAUCGAUAUCAUAACAGCGUGUGACAUAAGGGUUUGUUCGGAGGAUGCGUUUUUCUGUGUGAAAGAGGUGGAUUUGGCCUUGGCGGCUGAUCUCGGAACACUUCAGAGGCUGCCCAGUAUUGUUGGUUUCGGCAACGCCAUGGAGUUGGCUUUAACGGCUCGCAGGUUCUCCGGUUUAGAGGCUAAGGAAUUGGGUCUCGUUUCUCGCGUUUUCCGUUCCAAACAUGACCUCGAUGAGGGCGUCAGGGAUAUUGCUCAGGCAAUUGCUACCAAGUCUCCCCUUGCAGUUGUUGGGACAAAGACUGUGUUGCUUAGAAGUAGGGACUUAACAGUGGAUCAGGGUUUGGAUUUUGUUGCAACCUUGAAUUCUGGUAGAUUGUUAUCCGCUGACCUAACUGAAGCAGUUAUGGCACAUAUGCAGAAACGGAAGCCUGUGUUUUCCAAGCUCUAAUUGGAACCGAAUGAGAUGUAUUUUGGUAGUUGCUCAAUAUUUUUUAAUACAACAAUUUUUAAUGUUUAUAUACUAUCACUGGACUAAGACAUAUAUACGAAUAAAAGGCAUGUGAAGUCAUUCUCAUUGCCUUAUUGAAGCUAUUGAAAAGGCUAAAGUUUGCAAAUUUUAGAA